AUGGCGCGAACCAGUGCAAGGUUGCAGUCGGCGAAGGCAGCGGCGUCAACGAAGGUGGAGGAGUCCAAGGCGCAGGUGACCCAAGCAGCUCAUGUUGCGAGCAAGAAGAAGAAGGUUUCAAAGGUGAAACUUGCAGCGAAGACAGCAAGGACGACACCAAAGAAGACAGGAAAAGCGGCGGCGAAGCGGACAGUACACAAGGUGGCUCAAGAUUCCCAGGCCUCGAGCAAGGUGUUGAAGUUUGCUUCGAAGACGGCACGGAAGGUACACCGAACCACAGAAAGGCGGGCUGCAAAGUCUGCGAAGGGGGCAGCAGCGACGCGAGAGGUGAUCGAGAUCGACCAAGACACCAGUGACGACGACCACAUCGAGAUCGACGAAGAAGAAGACGAGAUGUCUGCAUACGAGAGGCAGCGCCAGGCCAACAUUGCGCGCAACAAGCAGUUGAUGGAAGCGAUUGGAUUCACAGACCUGUCGAGGCAGAAGGCGGCCGCUCGAACGGCUGCGGCGGAGCGUCGUGAUGAGAAUCGCAAACUUGUCAAGGAAGAGCGGGAUUCCAUACCUCGUCGGCAAUCCCGGCGGGUCCAGGGCCAAGAAGUUGAGUUUCAAGCGGUGGCGGAGCUGCCGGCGGUGCCAAAGUACAAGUAUGAUCAUGCAGCAGACGACAGCGACGACGACGAGGCGGCAUCGUGGGAGACCGUGCCCAAGCUGCACGUGGGGGCGUUCUACCAAGGCGGCGUUUCUAUCGCUCCAGUGGUACCUCCCACUGCAACUGCGUCUUAUUCGCUGGACCCACGAGACGUGGUCAAGGCGCUGCCGUCACGCGUGUAUGCGCUGGCCUUUCACAGCGCCGUGUCUGCGUCGUCGCAGACGAUUCUGGCUGGAAUUGCAGACGUGGAAGGUUACUUGGCGUUGUGGACGCCCCCUGUCGUUCGAUCGAACGAACGACAGGACGACAGUUGCUUAGCAACGUUCCGACUGCAUAAACGAGCGAUCUCGACGUUGCUCUUCCAAGACACGGCGUUGCUGUCGUCGUGCAUGGGGGGAGUCGUGAAACGACUUGACCUGGCCAACCCCACCGCCGCGUCGUCGGCCGCCGUCGUGUUGGCAUGCGACGCCGCCAUUACGAAUUUCCAAGUCAACCAGGCAUUGGGGUGCAUGUUCCUCAGCUGUGACGACGGCAGUGUCAUCCAAACGGAUCUGCGCACAGACGCCACGAAACUGACCCAUCAGCACCAGUACGCCCUCCACGACAAAAAGAUCAACACUGUGCACUGCCAUCCUACCAACCCCCAUGUGUUUGUGACGGCGUCGUUGGAUCGCAGUGUCAAGCUGUGGGACGUCCGCCGCGUCGGCACUGGGUGUGUGGCGUCGAGUGCAUUUCGAAACAGCGUCAACUGCGCGUCCUUCUCCCCCGACGGCGCGGCGGUCGUGUCCGUGUGCUUGGACGACUUUGUCUACCUCCAUGACACGCGGGACCUCUCGCUGUCUGCCCCUCGCAAGAUCAAGCACGACAACCACUCGGGCCAGUGGCUCACCAAGUUCCAUGCGGCCUGGGACCCCAAGAAGACGACCGACUGCGAAUUCGUCCUCGGCGGCAACAAGCGCCCGCGAUGCAUCGACAUCUUUGGCACGACGAGCCCCGCCCCCCGCCAGUCCCUCGCGGACGAAACGCUCUUCAACUCGGUGCACUCGCUCAACAUCUUCCAUCCGACCCUGCCGUUCCUCCUAGGCGGCAACUCGUCCGGCCGCAUCGCCAUGUGGCGGCAGUAG